GCAUCUGAUCAAAGUAGCACCACCAACAGCAAAAAAAAAAAAAAACAAUCUUUAUAGAAAAAUAAGGCCCAUGGCAUCUCUUGCAACGUUCGCCGCCGUCCAUCCAGGCACCAUCAAGGGCCUCGCCGGAAGCUCCAUUACCGGAACUAAGCUCCAAAUCAACCCAUCUCGCCAAAACCUCAAACCCACAAGUUACAGAAGAAAGGCUGGAGCUGUUGUAGCUAAGUAUGGUGAAAAGAGUGUUUACUUUGAUUUGGAAGAUUUGGCUAACACUACCGGUCAAUGGGAUGUUUACGGUUCAGAUGCACCUUCACCUUAUAACCCACUCCAGAGCAAAUUCUUUGAGACAUUCGCCGCCCCUUUCACCAAGAGAGGAUUGUUGCUGAAAUUCUUAAUCUUGGGAGGUGGUUCGACGCUUGCUUAUGUCAGUGCCACCGCAUCACCGGACGUUUUACCGAUCAAGAAGGGUCCCCAAUUGCCUCCAAAGCUUGGACCUCGUGGCAAAAUCUAAUUCUUUGCAUUUAGACUACAAAAUGAAUGAAUAUGUUCUUUUUUCUUUUUUUGAUUUACUGGAGAUUUGAACUUUCUCUAUAUGUAAUGAAACUAAACUAAACCCAAGUCAGUUUCUUGGUGCUCUGUCA